UUUUACAUCAAACCAGUUGGGAGAGAAACAUCAUCAGAUCUGAUCCGAUCAGGUCACCCCUCCUUCCCUCGAUCCCUCUCUCCCUCCUUAAACUCAGCACUCACUCUAGUCAUAAACAAUGAGGAAGCCGGAACCCUCUGUUGUAAGUAGUACCGGGAAGAAUAACAAGAACAACAGCAUGAGUAACAAGCUAAGGAAGGGUUUGUGGUCGCCGGAAGAAGACGAGAAGCUGAUGAGGUACAUGCUCAACAAUGGCCAAGGCUGCUGGAGCGACGUGGCAAGAAAUGCUGGCCUCGAGAGGUGCGGCAAGAGUUGCAGGCUUCGUUGGAUCAAUUACUUGAGACCUGACCUUAAGAGAGGUGCCUUUUCUCCCCAAGAAGAAGACCUCAUCAUCCACUUCCAUUCCCUUCUUGGUAACAGGUGGUCUCAAAUUGCAGCACGCUUGCCAGGACGAACUGACAAUGAAAUCAAGAACUUCUGGAAUUCGACCAUAAAGAAACGUCUGAAGGUUCUGUCCUCCUCCUCCUCCUCCACUGCCUCACCAAACGCAAGUGAUUCUUCCUCGGAUCAGCCUAACAACAAAGACUUUUUCACCGCGGCCGGAGGAGGAGGAGGUUUCAUGAACAUCAUUCCACCGUCAAUGAUGCCCAUUUACGGGGAUUCAUCCAUGCAAUCAACCUCCCUCAUCAACCACAUGUUUGAUCCCUUUCCAAUGGUCGAGCAUGGCGGGUACUACAACAAUGGAAACCCAUGCACUGCACAGAUCGGAUCAUCAGUUGGUAGUGGUGCUGAUGAUUGUGGGUUUGAAGAAAAUAUUGAAGCGUUUGGGAACGUCAAUAUCGGGGUAGAAGAAGACAUCUUUGUGCCUCCCCUAGAGAGUGUAAGCACCACUGACCAGGAUCAAAAUCUAAAAACGGAAACUAUCUUCUAUGAUAAUAAUAAUUACUACAGUAACAGUAACAAUAUCAUCAAAGGUGAAAACAUGAUCGGGGUUGGGAAUUACUUUGAAGAUGAUCAGGAUCAAGGGCUAACAAUGGGAGAGUGGGACUUGGAGGAUCUGAUGAAAGAUGUUUCCUCCUUUCCUUUUCUUGACUACCAGAGUUGAGAUCAAUAACUGCCACCCAAUAUUCCCUCUCUUUUCUUUUUCUUCAUUUUUUUUUUCUUCCCACACACUCAUUUCUUCUUCAUUUUCUAAUUUGGGAUCCCACUUUGUUUUCUCAAGACUGGUAGAAUAUUACUAGCCAUAGUUUUUACAUUUUAUUUAGGUCCGUCAAACAAUGGGGAAGUUCAUAUAUAGCUUAGAUGAAAGGGGAACGGUCUGAAAUAAAGGUCACAAUUGAUUUCGUAUUUGAUAGAGAAGCUUUCAUUCAGUACUGAGACUACGUACUGUCAUAUAUACGGAUUAAUUGUGAAGGAAGUAUAGUUGUGAAUAGCUGCUGCUAUGCUGCAUAUAUAUACAAAUGUAGGGAGAGAAGAGAUAUACAAGAAUUACAAGAUGAUGAUCAUCAAUAAUUAGUUGGUGUAUAAAUUGUAGUUAUUAUGAGAUGAUGUACAAAAGGAAGAAAGGUUGGUGGAAUUUUGUGGUCAGUGGGAAAUAAGUAGGUUGUACUACACAAUUUGAUCAUGAAGAUGAUAGACC